GUGAGUUCCUACAACCUUACUGACGGAUUGACCAUGAGACACGUACCGUGGGAGCUAGACCCUCUCCGCGGCCCUCCGGAGCGAGCAUUUGAAAGGCCAGGCCGGGCACAUAAAAGGGACUGUAAGUGUCAGUGACUCGGUCUGCAAGAGAUCCAGCGCACCUUUGCGACGCCUUGUGCCAGUGGCUUUCAAGGCAAGUGUGCACACCAUGGCGAACGUGAAGGUUGCGAUUAUCACAGGCGCAUCCUCCGGUAUUGGAAGGAGUAGCGCAAUCGCGCUGUCCAAAGCAGGAUGGUCGAUCGCACUCUAUGCCAGACGGCUAGAGAACCUGCAAGAGACGAAAUCGUUGUGUGCCAAUCCAGACCAGAUCCUUGUCGUGCAGGGCGAUGUCACAGACGAGGAAAGCGUCAUCAACCUCUUCCGCAGAACAGUCGAGCAUUUCGGUCGCCUGGACCUGAUCUUCAAUAACGCCGGCAUCAGCGCAGGCGGCCCCAUCGAGGAGCUCUCGCUCGAGAAGUUCCAGCAAGUGACGAGCAUCAACCUCGUCGGGACCUUCCUCUGCACACGCGAGGCGGUCAAGGUCUUCAAAGCGCAGACGCCCCAGGGCGGGCGCAUCAUCAACAACGGCUCCAUCUCCGCGUACACGCCCCGCCCAAACUCCGCGCCGUACACGGCGACGAAGCACGCUGUUCUCGGGAUGACGAAGUCCACGCUGUUGGAUGGGCGGAAGUAUAACAUUACGUGCACGCAGAUCGACAUCGGCAAUGCCGCGACGACGAUGGCGAUCGGCCAUGCCGGAGGGAUUAUACAAGCUAACGGCGAGGUCGUCGCCGAGCAGAUGAUGGAUGUACAGCACGUUGGCGAUACUGUCGCAUACGUUGCUGGGCUGCCUCUGGACGUCACCAUGCUCACUGUGAACAUCAUGGCAACGCGUAUGCCGUUCGUUGGGAGGGGAUGAGGGGACGACUUGUUACAGUAACAUGUACAACACUUGCCAUCGUGAAUGCGAGCAUCAGCCAUACUCAGCGUGAC